AUGAGCCUGGAGCCUCCCAAGCUGGAGGUCAAAUCGGCCACGAGGGUGAGCGGGGGUCCUGCCACCCCCCGCAAGGGACCCCCCAAGUUCAAGCAGAGGCAGACGAGGCAGUUCAAGAGCAAACCCCCCAAAAAGGGGGUGCAGGGGUUUGGUGACGACAUCCCGGGCAUGGAGGGGCUGGGAACAGACAUCACCGUCAUCUGUCCCUGGGAAGCCUUCAGCCACCUGGAGCUGCACGAGCUGGCUCAGUACGGAAUCAUUUAGGAUUUGGGCAGCUCACCAGCCCUGUAGUGCUAUGUAGGUCGAGGCCCCCCUGCCCAUGCUGUCAGGGGGCUCAGUUUGGAAAAAUCCUCAUUAAACCCUAACGAGCACAG